UCCAGAAAAAGUUGUAAUCUCUAGGAAGCUUCCACGCUGUUGCAAUUUAAACUUCACCUAGUUUCGCUCUUUUUCUAUCAAAACCUAAAUAACAAAAGAGUUGAUGCAUAAGAAAUCCUCUGUUUUUAAAAAUGUGUGUUCUCUAGUCAUUUAAAUAUUUUUAUACAAAGAUGCGAUAUUUUAAGGAAAAAUCAAAUCAAGAAGUUUGAAAAGAGAAAUGAAUGGUGGCAUGAUUCCAUAGUAUAAAUAAUACAGUAUAUAAGUAAUCCAUAUAAAAUUAUUUGGCUGUGUCCAGAUAAUUAUAGCCAUCAAAAUUGGCACCACUUGGUCGCUCCUCUGUAUUCCAUUCUCUUCAUCCUUUGUGUAUUUUUCAUAUAUAAAAUAUUAAUGUAUUUAUUGGAGAUGUAGUAUCAUGAUAUCAGUUCAUGCAGUAUAUGUAACAAGCUCCUAGAAAUGUGAUUUCAGCAGCGCGGUUAACAUUUAAUGAAACCAACAUAUAGAUGCAUCAUGCAUGUUGUCUAUGUCAUGCGCUAUCAUUUGCAAUAUUCUGCCAUUUUUGUAGUAUAAUACCAAAAUGAAUUUCACUUAAGAAUAGAUCAGUAUUAAGUUCUAUAAGUUUAUGCUAUGCAUAACAUGUAAUAAACUAUAGUUAUUGAGGUAUAAAUAAUUAGAUUUAAGAUACCUAAUUAAUGCUAGUUAAUAUACAUAUAAACAACCUAAAACGUAACCAAAAUUAAGAUAUCUAAUUAAUGUAAUGCAUGCACAACAAAAUGUAUUAUGUUAUAUUAAAGCAAAUAUUAAACGGUUACUAAAGGAAAAACCAAAACUCAAUUUCAACAUUAUUAGUCAGUGUUACAGAAUAAUCUAAAGACCAGAGUCAUCACCAUCGUCAAAUUAAAUGGAAAACAAAAGUAAUACAUGUUAAACAAUUAAUCCGAUUCCAUUUGAACAUUAGAAUAUAACAUAUAUUUUAUCAUUUUAUUCGAGUAUGUUCCCCCUAACGAAUAUAUAUUUGACAAUACCAUCUUCCCGUUCAUGCCCAUCUCGUGUCCUCUCUAACUCUCUUACAACCUCAAAACAAAACAAAAAAACACACACAUACACACGAAGAAGAGAGCAAACUCUCCUUCUCUUUCUUCCUCCACCAAUGGCAGCCUAUAGAAGCUUUCAUCAAAUAUUCGAGCACCCAAUACAAAACAAGACUCCAAAGUCUUUUCUUGAUACACUCUCCUCUUCUUCACCUUGGAACCCAAUCCCCAUCAAAGGGUACCACGUCAUUGACCACGACGAAACGCCACCGUUUACAGAGAUAUUCGGUGAGCUCCACUUCAAGGAAUCAUCCUCAACCGAGAACAGCAGUCUGCAUCUGUGUACCGAAGGUCUAGGGUCGGAGAGUUAUUACGACUUGGAAGAUGGAAAAGUCAACUGUAACGUUAACGGAAAAAAUGACAUUGAAGUAAAGGGUAAAGAAGAAAACGGAAGCAAAGAUGAGGAGUGUGGACCACAGGAAAAGGAACGGAAAGAGUAUCCUCCGGCGAUGACGAGGAUGAGCUUUAAGACGUAUAGAGAAGGAGGGAGGCUAGUGUUGGAAGAAGUUAGGAUUCCGAGGAGAGAGUUUCUUCGAGCCAGCCGUGAAGACGGUAGACUCCAAUUGAAGCUGGCUCAAUCCGAUGAGGAUGAAGAUGAGAAGAAAGAUAAACCGGUCUGAUUUGUAUCCUUAACUCCCUAUUACACAAGAUCAGUGACAGUAAUAACUAAUAAACGUACAAAUGUUAAAACCCUUUGUUAUGCGAGUUUUGUACUUAACUUAAGCUUUUAUCGCUUAACUAUGCCGUUCUAUAAUGUUACCAGUGCCAAGGUCGAAUAUUCCUUUUUAAAGAUUAGAUUUGUUUUUUUUUAUUAAAGGUUUUGAAAAUCUUAAAAUUAAUUAUAAGCAAAGACAGAGGAAGCAUGUUAUGUGCCACAUGGAGAAUAUUU